AUGGAUAAAGUGAUAACAAGUGGACCAGAGUUUAUUGUGUUUAUGUUCAACAAAAUGCUGUUGAAAAUUGAGAACAUUCUACUGCAGAGUCAUAGACAACGUGAAACGACGGGAAUUAAGAAAUUGUACAAUUCCUUCUUCGUCCUAUUUUAA